CGGCGGCGGCGGCGGGGAACGGGCGAGGCUGCGCGCGCCGAAGAUGGCUGAGAAACAGAAGCACGAUGGGCGGGUGAAGAUAGGGCACUACGUGCUGGGGGACACGCUGGGCGUCGGCACCUUCGGCAAAGUGAAGACAUAUAGGCUGUGUGCCACCAAGUGAGAUAGAGGACAUAAGUUUGGUGGAGGAAGAGGAGAAGAAUGCUGAAUUUCAUCCUGAACAUGUUGAAUUUGAGUUGGAGAACAUCAAUUAACAGGCCAUAAAGUGGCCGUUAAAAUAUUAAAUAGACAGAAGAUUCGCAGUUUAGAUGUUGUUGGAAAAAUAAAACGAGAAAUUCAAAAUCUGAAACUCUUUCGUCAUCCUCAUAUUAUCAAACUAUACCAGGUGAUCAGCACUCCAACAGAUUUUUUUAUGGUAAUGGAAUAUGUAUCUGGUGGUGAAUUAUUUGACUACAUCUGUAAACAUGGACGGGUUGAAGAGAUGGAAGCCAGACGGCUCUUUCAGCAGAUUCUGUCUGCUGUGGAUUACUGUCAUAGGCAUAUGGUUGUUCACCGAGACCUGAAACCAGAGAAUGUGCUGUUGGAUGCACACAUGAAUGCCAAGAUAGCAGAUUUUGGAUUAUCUAAUAUGAUGUCAGAUGGUGAAUUUCUGAGAACUAGUUGUGGAUCUCCCAAUUAUGCAGCACCUGAAGUCAUCUCAGGCAGAUUGUAUGCGGGUCCUGAAGUUGAUAUCUGGAGCUGUGGUGUUAUUUUGUAUGCUCUUCUUUGUGGCACCCUUCCAUUUGAUGACGAGCAUGUACCUACAUUAUUUAAGAAAAUCCGAGGGGGUGUUUUUUAUAUCCCAGAAUAUCUCAAUCGCUCCAUUGCCACUCUCCUGAUGCAUAUGUUGCAGGUUGACCCCUUGAAAAGAGCAACUAUCAAAGACAUAAGAGAGCAUGAAUGGUUUAAACAAGAUUUGCCCACUUACUUAUUUCCUGAAGACCCUUCCUAUGAUGCUAACGUCAUUGAUGAUGAGGCUGUGAAAGAAGUGUGUGAAAAAUUUGAGUGUACAGAAUCAGAAGUAAUGAGCAGUUUAUAUAGUGGUGACCCUCAAGACCAGCUUGCAGUGGCUUAUCAUCUUAUCAUUGACAAUCGGAGAAUAAUGAACCAAGCCAGUGAGUUCUACCUCGCCUCUAGUCCCCCAACUGGUUCUUUUAUGGAUGAUAGUGCCAUGCAUAUUCCCCCAGGCCUGAAACCUCAUCCAGAAAGGAUGCCACCUCUUGUAGCAGACAGCCCUAAAGCAAGAUGUCCACUGGAUGCACUGAAUACAACUAAGCCCAAAUCUUUAGCUGUGAAAAAAGCCAAGUGGCAUCUUGGAAUCCGAAGUCAAAGCAAACCGUAUGACAUUAUGGCUGAAGUUUACCGAGCUAUGAAGCAGCUGGAUUUUGAGUGGAAGGUAGUGAAUGCAUACCAUCUUCGUGUUAGAAGAAAAAAUCCAGUGACUGGCAAUUAUGUGAAAAUGAGCUUACAACUUUACCUGGUUGACAACAGAAGCUAUCUUUUGGAUUUUAAAAGCAUUGAUGAUGAGGUAGUGGAGCAGAGGUCUGGUUCCUCAACACCUCAGCGUUCCUCUUCUGCUGCCGGCUUACAUAGACCAAGAUCAAGCUUUGAUUCUGUAACUGCGGAGAGCCAUUCACUUUCUGGCUCUCUCACUGGCUCCUUGACUGGAAGCACGUUGUCAUCAGUUCCACCCCGCCUGGGCAGUCACACCAUGGAUUUUUUUGAAAUGUGUGCCAGUCUGAUCACUACAUUAGCCCGUUGAUGAUUCUUCCCUAGUUUCUAUCUUUGUUAUUGUACUGUGAAAAUCAGACAUAUUCUUUAAAUUAUUUUACCUAUGGAUAUCACAUACUCUGCAAUACUGAUUGACAGACACGAAUAUCUCCACGGACCCUUAAUGCCAUUGAAAUUACUGAAAACAAAAAAGUCUGACAAUUUAUUUAUCCACAGACACCUGUAAUUCUGUUUUGCCUGUGAUAAAUUCACAUAGGCAGUAUUUUUAAAAGGUGAAACUGAUGAAGAGUAUUGUUAAUUUAAAAUUGUGAGUUCACUACAGAUGAUUAAUACACCUUCACUGGGGAACCAUUUUAAUCAAAGGUUGGUUUGGUAGCACCUCUUUACUGUUUACUUCCUAAAUUUCAGCAGGCUUUAAGUUGUGUUUAUACACCCAGUCCUCUUACACAUGAUUAAAAAAAUCAAACAACCAUUAUUAGUAAGAUAGUAUUUAAAUGUUGAAACCUUAAAAGCCUGUCCCCCAAAUUUCAGAAGCUAAGUUCUAGCAGUUCUUGCAGAUACUAUUUAGUGUUUAACAGAAAGGCUGUGGUCCUGAAGCAAGUAACCAUGAUGUCUAGGUUCCUGGAAGACAGCUGUAAUGAACUAGAGGUUUUAUCCUGAGAUUUCUCCAGGUAAUAUAGUUAUCUUAAGAGCCUUCAGGGUUCUACUCAGUAUUGGAACAUGUGUAAUUGCAACAAGUUUUGUCUUUUCAUAAACUUAAAUCAUUUUAAACCUACCUUCAAAACCUACCUGUCUCAAAUUUUUUUUGGCUCUAUAUAUUUUUUCUACUUCAAGCAUGAUAAAAUAGAGUUAAUUGAAACAAAGCAAAAUAAUAAUAGUCUCUUAAAAGAAAACUCUUAUCCUUGGACUCUUAUCAUGUGUGGUGGCAGGGCGUUUGUGUCCUGUUGCAUCCCACUAUACUAAAUUGCUAAUCUGAAAUUUAAAUUUGUUAUUGCAGCCACCACCCUCCCCACCUCACCUUCUCUAGUCACCAUUGUCUUUGUUGUUUGAACCUUAGUGGCUGACUGACUUUUAGCCUUUAAAUCUUUCCUGGUUCCCUUCUUUGUCCUAUUAUCUUGGUUGGUAGCCAUCCAAUUUCAAAAUACUGUUCUGGCCCUAAGGGCUUUUGUGUACUUCCAAAGCUUGAUUGGCUGUGACCUUCACUGUUCAACCUGUUUGGGCAGGGAAGCCUUUAACAUUAAAAAAAAAUUCUCUCUUGAAAAAAUAUGUGUUGUUUACAUAUAUACAUAUAUGUAUACACACACCAGUGCUUUUGAAGGAAAAGCAAACAGUUUUUUUUUGUUUUGUUGUAUGCAGGUGUUUUUCUUUUUAAGGUUAAAAAAAAUCUGUGUAUAGCAGGGUAGAUCAUUGAUUAUCUUUUGUUAUAUUAGUAUUUAAUUUUUAAAUUAUGUGUAAUUUAAUUUGUAUUCAUUUGUUUUAAUAUGUGAUAAUUAACCUCAUUCAAGUAACUUACCCUAAGAAAGAUUAAGCUCUUAAAAAAAGGUUUCUCUUUGCCAAAAAUAAUGUGAUUUCUACCAAGAAGCAAAUGAGAAUGUUAGAUCAAGUUUCUCAGACAAGCAUGCCUGUCUGUAAACAGUUUUGAGUCAGGAGAUUUCAGUGUGUCACCUCAUAUUGUUUUGUAGAACUUUAAAAAUGGUGUUAACUUCUCAGCCUGACUUUUUAAUAUCAAAAUAAAAGGAAUUAUUGUUUGCCAGUUUGGGAAAGAGGGUAGGGUUGUAGUUAAGAUGUUUUAAGUUUAAAACUUUGAACGAUUGCCACCUGGUGGCACCAAAGGGUACUUUCUGUGAUUAUUUUUACAGGGAUAAGCAGUCCUUUUGAUAGUCUGAUGUACACUAUAGAUAUGGCAUAAUAUUGGCCUAUCCAGAUCUGUAAAUACUUCUACUGGGAGAAACAGGGCUGCCUCAUAAUAUCUGGUUGACUGUGAAGGGGAUGACCUUAGAAAUAAGGAACUAAUCUGAUUCCUUUUCCCCAGUGACAAAAUCCUAACAAUUUCCAAGGUUAAGAAAUAGCAGGUGUUCAGUGGCAUUGUUAGCUUUUAGUCUAAUAAAUCAGAUGUUAGAAACUUUCUCAUAUCAGAAUUCAUAUUGAUGAUUAGUAUGAUUCUUAAGAAUUAAAAAUUUAUCCUUUUCUCAUUCUUACCAGGAUUUGUGAAUAUCUACACUUUGAUAGUUACCUGUUGAAUUUUGGGAGAAUCAAGGGUCAGUUUUGGUUCUCGUAUGCUGAAGUUUUUAAAGCACAGCUAUUUUGUGAAUCUAGGUGGUAUAGUAAAUUGGUUUGUAGAGAAGAUUUCAGGAGGCUCAGCCUAGCAUUUAAAGGGGCUAGAAUAAUGUCAUAGGAGGCUUUUUGUUGUUAACGGGCAGGGAGCGGUAAAGAAUUGCUAAAUUCCCACCUUUUAGUCUUGGAAACUGCCUAAUUGUGGAUGUGUAUAUGGUAGAUCUGGAGUAGAAACAGUUUCUUGCAGUUAGGAUUCUGGAGGAGAGCUUCUAUUAUUGGGUUACAGAUAUUUAGCUGUAUCAUGGAAGUGGACUCCAUAUACUUACAGAAUAGCAUUUCCUAAACUGUAUCCUGUGAGAUGCUCUGCAGAAAAAUAAUUCCAUUGAGCAAGUUUAGAAAAUGUUACUUGCUACUCAACUACUUGAGGAUGACAGUGGAUAUGAGCACUAGAGACUGACAGGUCUUUCAGUGAAAAAAAGAAAACCAUUUAACUUUAACCCUCUUUGCUCACAUUAAUUUAGGCAUCUUUUUAAACUUACUAUCCCAUGGGGAAAAGCAAAAAAGCAAAACUGGUUUAGAAAAAUUAUCCCAGAUUUCCGUAAUUAGGGUAGUUAAGAAUAAAAUUAAGAUUUCUUUUUCCCUUAUCAGUUUUUGGAGUGAAUCUAGAUGGCAAUUUGAAUAAUUUCAUUUUAACCUAUGGACAUAAUUCAUCUUGAGCAAAUGCUGGAUAUACAGAGUUGUGUAUGUUCCUGAAUUAUUUCACAGCACUUUGAUUUUCUUAUUCAGGUUGUGGUCAUGUUUGGGAGCAAAAUUAAUUUUUUAUUGAAUGAAUAACUGAAAAACCUUAAGAUUAUUUGUGAAAAAAGGAUAAGAUUGGUGAUGAAUGCUUAUGACUCUAGACUGAGUCAAUAUCAUUGAUUCUUACUUUGAAAAUAUAUAAUCAGUGAACAUGAUCUGAAUACUUUUAUAUAGGACAUGUAUGUAUAUCUAGUUCCUGUUAUUCUUUAGUGUAUGAACAAACAGCAUCUUGAAUAUGUAGGGAGAGGGGGAGGUAAACUGUUAUAAACCAGGUUUUUGUUUUGAUUAACAAACUUUCAAGAUACUUUUGUAACUUCCAGUGUUUGCUUUCCUUGAUACUAGCCAUCUAUAAAGAGAAUCCAGGAGCCUAAAUCAAUCAGAAAUAACAGUAUUUCUGUCAGGGAAUUGGCUAUAUGUAAUACAGUUCUCCAUUUUCUACAAAUAGGUUUUCCAUGACAGUUACAUAAUUCUGGACUUGCUUUCUCUUUUUCCCUAGCCAGUUUGUUCUCAGGGAAUACAAAUCGAUUUGUAUUAAAUGAGACAUAAUUAAGAGAAUUAUCACAGGUAACUGUUAAAGAUUUUUUGACUAUUUGUAUUUAUCUGUAGUCUCUGUUGUACAGUAUACUGAAUUAAUAUAAGCACUGCACCUUCUAUUUAUAAAAUACAAAAGCUUGGAAUGUGCAUACCACAGGUACUGCAUCUUUGUCUAUUCACUGGUAAUUUAAAUUCUGUUAAUAGCUAUGAAAUCUCAAUAUCUAAAUGCUAGACAUUUCAUAGUUUUUUCUGUUUUUUGUUUUUAAAGACCAUCACCAUCUCAACGUGGCAUUUCUUUACCUAGUCAUUCUAUCACUCUGUGACUUUAUAAAAAAACACAACAGGGAAUGUAAUUUAUUUUAAUAACUGUUCUCAGAGACUCUUCUUAAAAAUUCUGGAUGAGGGAUAUGUGCAAUCUGUUGGUAAAUCACAUCCUGAGUUGGGCCUUGUUUUGUAAUUUCUAAAGUGGAAGGAAGGGGUAGAUUAAAAGACCUCAGAUAGCUUUGAGCUUUAAAGUUUCAUCUUUCCUGGCUUUUUAUAUGAUUUGUGCUAAUGUACACUUUUUAUAUAUUUAGAGAUCUUAUACUAGCGUGAAUGAAUACGUUUGUGAGGCAUUUUAACGGUAUGUACUUGUGUAUUUUUUUAAGUACAGCUGCCCUUUGGACAAAAAUCAUCCAGAAAACCAAAUACAUUAACAUGUCAUGCACACUGGCAUAAAGUGAAAUAUUACUAAUUUCUAUAGUGAUGUUCAGAUUUGGAGGUGUUCUGUAUUUGUUACCUUAUUUAAUACAGUAACGCUGUGAGGUAAUCCUUUUCCAGAUGAAGUAGCAGGACCAGAAAGCUCUCCACAAAGCUCUAAUGCCAUAGGAGUAUUCAGCAGUGAUCACUGCUCUGUAUGUGCCACCUUCCUCCGGAGGAGAACAAUCAAUUACUGAAACAUGAGUAGUUGAGUAAUAAAAAUAAACAUGGAUGUAUUGCUUUCAAGUCUUAGCCUGACACAAAGUAGUCUUAAAUGAGAAUUUCUUAGUUUAAUUAUUUGAACCAAUUGAUUGUAUUAACGAGAUGCCAUCAUCUGAAGUAUUUAUAGUUAGCAUAUUCACUUUUAUAAGUACUUCUGAGUCACUGAGGGUGUUUUAAAAAUACUGAAGAAACUUUUUGGGACAUGACUCUUACAGCAGUCUUUUUUAAAAAAGUAAAACUAGCCCCAGCCCCUACCUUAUCAUAGUUUUUGAUUGUUAUCUGAAUUAGGCUUAUCUAAAUUUCAUAUACAGAUUGAUAAUUUUUCACUUUAUAUGCAUGUUAAACUGAUGAUGGAACACUAUUUUCAUAGAGUAUACUUCUGUUCUUGAACUACCUAAUUAUUAUCGGCUUGAUGGAGAUGCUCCCAAACCUUAUAAAACUUUGAAAUGUAAUUUGAGCUUUAAAAAUUGUAUCUAAUUUUAAACAAGUUGCUGGCAUCUUACCAGCCUUCUGCACAUUCAAUUAUGUUGCAUUUGAUGCCACUGAACAAUAAUGGCAUAAAGAACAGGACUUACAGUCUAGACUGGAUUGAGUUUUAAACUUGUUCAGCUAUAACUGUAAGCAUCAGGCUGGGUCUAGAAGUUGUCUGACUGUGGGCCUGUGUUCUGUGAGUCAGUGUUAAUGUUUGUUUACUGUCAGCCUUGCAUAGCAGUGCCAGUUUGAAGCAGUGACUGUGUGUGACUUUUGGUAACCAUUGUUUAUAUCUAAAGCAGUUUAGAUUUUAUGGAAAUAGCUCAUGAUUAUUUGGACAAGCAGGGUAGGUAAAUUCCAGUUACAUUUAAAGUGCAAUUAAGGUAAUCCUAGAGUAGAGCACUUUUCCCAGGAAAAAAAGCUACUACUAGAAUAUCCUAGCAUGAAAACUUUUUAAGCAUGUACAAUUUUGACAAGGUUCAUAUAGUAUGACUUUUUUUUUUCAAUCUGAGGUUUGCUACUUUGUGUUGAUUUAAAAUUUUAAGGAAGAAUAGGAAAGGAACAUUCUAGCCAAGGAGAAUUACAUCAUUAAUUUUUGCUAAUUUAAGUAUUCAUUUUUCACAUAAAAAAGUCCCCUUUAAGUAAGUUUUGUUACAAAGAAAGGCCAUUUUUCUAGACAUUUUCCUAAAAUGGAAAAGAGAAACAGAUCCAGUUUAAAACAACACCUUAAUUGUGCCUUCUCUUAAAUUACAGGAUCAGUAAUAAGUAGUCAAAAACUUGAACUAUAUUUUUUUCUAAUUCCCCUAAUUUUCCCUUAGAUCUGCCCUCCACAGAUGGUCAAGUAGUUAGCUUUUGGCUGUUUGUUUUCAGGUUCCUUUGGCCAGAACUCAUCCUAUCACUGUCAGAAGUUGUUCACUAUUUUCCUAUUUUAUGUUGCUUCACUUUUUUUAAGUCAUCUUGGUAGAAGUUUGGGUGCCUUCUCAUGUUUUUAAAAUGUACAUGGUGAUUAGCAAUCUUUAUAUGUCAACUCUUUAAAAAAUUUUUGUGAAGGAAAGAGAACACAAAGAACAAAAUGUGACUUGGACACAUUCUCAGUUUAGCUGCUGUGGUAGCAUCAAGUCACACAGACUCAUUUAUUUUCUCAUCUGUAAAAUAGACUACCUCACAGAUGAGUGAGAAACGGAAGGCCAUUGUUUAAAUACUGGCUUUAUCACCCUCAUAGUUAAUGUAAAUCCUUUUUUAAAAAAUUGAUAGCUUUGAUACUGACAAGAUGAGUUACCUUGAUUUUAGGUAAGUCUUAUGUAGUAAGAAUAUAGUAGUACAAAUGUUUAAGAACACAGUUUCAUAAGUUAGAGUAUUUUUAUCUUAAGUGACUUAAAAUUGCUUGAAAACAUCAAAUACUUGAAUAUCAAAUUUGUCUUUUGUUGCAACAGAUAUUCAGAACUUCUUAAAAUGUUGGCUAAAGCUGCCUAAAAGUACCAAAAUAGAACUUUCUUUUAAGACUGUUCACAAAUACCUAAGGUCAUACAAUGUUUUGAGUAUUUAAUGUAAAAUUGUUAGAGAACUGUGAACCUCUAUGCAUAGAAAUCUUGUUUUAGUAAGGAUGGUUGUGUUCUCAUGUGUGCUUAAAUAUACAGUGAAUUUUGAGUAUAACAAAUAAAACUGAAAAUUGACAGCCAUUAGGUUAUUAUGAUCAUGACAAUCAUAAGAAAAUGUAAGGUUGCAUAUUAAUUAUUCACCCUUUUUUUCAAGAACAUCCUGCAUUUGUUCUUUCUUAGACUGUCUCUGAAAAGGUAAAAAAAAAAACUCAUUGGCUGGUGGUACAUGAAUCUGUUGAAGCACUUGAUCACCUAUUAAAAAUUUAAACUGUUGAGAUUGGGAUCACUUUUUCUGAUUUGUUUCAGGAAGGAAAAAAAAAGGCCAGAUGCCAAGUGCUUUUGUGUUUUAAUAACCCCAGAUUCAAAUUUCAGUUUUGUUUGUGUUUUUUGUGAGUGUUAAAUGAUGGGUGGGAGUGUUUGUCUUCCACUAUAACCAUGCAGUUAGGAUGUCUUCUUGACUUGCAUGGUAUUUCAUAGUUAACAGGUUCUCCCUAGUUAAUAUUUGCACUGUACAAACUACUGCACACGCAAAAGAGAAAAGCGGCCUGAGUGCUUGUUUUUUUCCGACAAAAUCAAAUUAAAGCUGCUGGUUAAUUUGAAAGCUA